UAUUGAAAUUAAUUUCGAUUUACAUAAAUACAGAUACAUUAUAUUGAAUAUUGUGUAUUAUUCAAUAUAUCAAUAAAUAUAUUUGUGAAUAUAAAAGAAACUUGUAAUUAACAAAAAGUCAAUCUGGUUAUAAAUAUAAAAUCACCAAGGAUUGUAACCUUAAAAGUCUUCUUUACGGAUUAAAGUGCGUCUUUACGGAUUCAAUGUUUAUUUAUAAAAAUUGACAUCGUGAAAUUUUUCAAAUGCCUUUGAAAUAAAAUGUAUAUACUUUUCUGUGACUUAUGUAUACCUAUUUAAAUGUAAAUUUAUUGUUCUCACUGAUAUAAUGACUUCUAAUACGUGCCAUAAUUUUUUAUUGGAAAGAAUUCAUUUCCCAGGCACUAUCAUUUUAGAUGAACCAGGAAAAACAUAUACUUGUGGGAGAGGAAAAGAAAAUCAAAUACAGUGUAUUAGUCUUACAGUAUCUCGUCAACACUGUAGUUUUUUCCGUAAUGAUCAUGAAAUAUAUGUUAUAGAUUUAGGAAGUUCCAAUGGUCUAUUUGUAAAUGAAAUUAAACAAAAAGCAAGACAUAUGGUUAAAUUGAAUGACAAUGAUAUUAUUGGAAUCGGUUGUCCAAAUGCCGAUAAUACAAAUAAUGAUAUGUUUAUUUAUAAAUUACGUUUUAUUGUUAAAAACCAAACAUUGACAGAUGGAAAAUAUAUUGCAAUGCCUGAGAUAUCUAUAUGCAAAAAUGCAUUAACAGGAAGUACUGAUAAAUACUGUCAUUCUUUAUCUGGACAUAAUGUAAACAAGUCAUCUGAUUUAGUUGCAUCAGAUGAAGUAUCUAAACUUUCAAAAAAUGUAAAUAAUUCUUGUCAAAUAAAAACGUUAAAUAAAAAGGUGGAUAAUAGAACUAACAAAGUUAAUUCAAAUGAAGAGAUUGAAUUAAUAGAUACUUGUGCAGAAAUUAAUACGAUAAAACAAGAUACUUCAAAUUUGGAUACUAAUUACGAUAAUAAAUGUCAGAGAAAGAAUGAUAUUAGUAUACAUAAAAACUUAUCUGAAGUAAACAGUGGAGAAAAUCCUUUAAUACAGAAGGAUGUUUUAAAUAAAACAAAUCAAUUUCAAUCCACAAAAGAAGAUGAAGUGAUCUGUAUCGAUUUGGCUAAUAAUAUUGAUACAGAAAUAGUACAAGAAAACGAUGAUGAUAAAACUAAAAAUACAUGUACGAAUAAAAAGACAUACCGUACAAAUAAUGCAGUAUAUAUAAAUGAUAUUGAUGAUACAAGUAUACAUGCAGAUAUACAACAACGGGAUCAUUCGGAAAAUGUAAAAAUGCAGAAUGAAGUACAUGACAAUUUAAAAGAGCAAAAUGAAUCAUCGAUAAAAGUAAAUACACUAAACAAGCCAGAAGAUGGUCUUAUAAAUAUUGUAUAUAAUGGUGAUUAUUUUAUUAAAAUGGAAGAUGAAAUAAUAAUAACUGAUGAUGAUGAAGAAACAAUAAAAAAUAAUAUAAAAGAUUCUAAUAACUAUACUGAAUCAACAAUCAAAUUGAAACAAAUCAAGCAAGAACCAAAAUUAAGAUUUUCCGAAAUUGAUAUAGUUAAUUUAAGUGACGAUGAAGAAAAUGUAUUCCCAAGUUCUCAAUUAUUUGAUUCUAAUGUGGAUGUAAAUUCUGGAGUUAAGAAAGAAAUUAAACGAGAAUAUAACGAUAAUCACGAUGAAGAUGUUAAUAGGCUUGAUGACACAGAAAUAAUUAUCUCUGACAGUGAAGAUGAAGAUAAUAUAUGGUUACAUAGAUUAUCGCGAAGUCAACUGUUAAAUGAUACAAUUUUGAGUAAUGAUAAAAAGAACCAUAUAAUAGAAACUGUGAAGGAUGAACCUACAGAUACGGAGAUAAUUGAUAAAGAUAUUCAAAAUACUAUUAAAGAAUCCAAUGAAAAUAUAAAUGAUGCUUCGAAUCAACUUAGUGUUAAUAUUAGAACUAAUGAAGACAAUGAAAUAAAAGAACGUAAAAAAAAUGAAGAAAAAAAUAUUGAAAAAAAAUAUAAAAAUAGUGAACAAUUUAAAAAUAGUGAUAAAUUAGAUAUGGUAAAAGAACAUGAUCCUGAUAUUUCCCUUGAUACAAGAAAAAAGGAAAUAGAUAAUUUGUCUAAUCAAGUACAGGAAAGUAAUAAUAAAAUUAGUCAUUCUCUCAAUAAAAAACAAAACAUAAUUAAUAAUGACACGAAUGACCGUGCACUUAAGCAGACCUUACAUUCCAAAGAAAUAAAAUUAAAUACAAGAAAAAGACCACAAUUAAUAGAUGCGCCUUAUAUGCCUGUAAGAAAAAGAAAAAGACAACAAAGCAUUUAUAAUAUGGACAUCAAAAAGACUGAAGACAAUUUAGAGGAAUGUUUAAAUUUAAAAGAACAAAAGCAAGAUAAAUGUGCUUUGACAAAUUAUCUUCCAUCUGAUAAACUCAAAAAACUUCCUCUUUCAAAAGAAGAAAAAAAGAAACUUGUAGAAAAUAGGAAAAAUAAGUUAAAAAAAAUUGCUGCAGAAGAUAAGAAAGUGACUAAGAUUGGACCAUUAAAACCUUCUUUUUCAAAACCAAAAGCAAAAGUAUCAUUAAAAUCUCGAUCAGAUUUUCUAAUUGAUGAAAUACGAUCAAAAACGGUACUAAACAAACCAUCAAUAAAAAAAUCUCUAGAAAACAAACAAUAUCAAAAUAAUACUAUUAAUAUUGAUACAAGAAAAGAUGAUGAUGUACUACCUUCAAUAUCCGCUUUAAAAAUUAAAAAAAAAAUACCUAAUUAUAAAGAAACAUUAAAUAAUGUUACAAAACAUUUAGAGCAAUCUUUAAGUAUUACUGAUGUUAAUUCUGCUCAAUUAAAUAAGAUCAAUGAAUCACAUCCAAAAGUAAAUAAACUUGAAAAUAUAGAAAAUAUAACUGAUGAAACAAUUCAUACAACAAAAGAUAAAAACAUAGAGGCUAUUACUAGUGACUUGAAAGAUGAAGUAAAAAUUAAAAAAAAUGUUAAAAUGCAAAAAGAAAAUCGUUCUCCUAACAGACAAACAAUCAAUCAACUAGAAAAACAAGAAAAAAAUGUCUCUUUCAAUAAUGUUCUUGAAAUUCAUGAAUAUGAAAUAGAACCUCAAAACAUUUUAAAAAAACUUAUGGGUAAAGAUGCCCCAAUACCGGUUGAUAAAUUAUCUUCUAAAAGAUUUGUUGACACAAAUGGUCCAAAGUUAGAACAAUUUCUAUUACGUAUCUUUCUCUGGAAUCCUAUUUGGCUUGAAGAACAGCAACGUUUGAAGCGAAUGCCACCUAUUCUUAAAGAAAAUGAAUUACAUCCUAUGUUAACUUAUUAUAAAUCUUACAAUGACUAUUAUAAAAUUGCUGAACCUCUAUUAUUAUUAGAAAUUUGGUACGGCAUUACUAGAGAAUUUGAGAUGAUAGAAAAGAAUACAAAGCGACCCACUAUGAUGUGUUCUCUAGUGGAAAAAUCUUUUAAAAACAUCCACGUAGCAACUGGAAAUAUACAUUUAUCAUCUUUGAUAGUGCAAGUAUUAGUUACCAAAGAAAACUUAUCUAAACAAGCUCAUCCUAAUUAUGGAGAUCUGGUAGUUUUUGAAUAUGAAAAAGGAAAACACAUUUUUCAGAAAGUAUUUGCUUAUGUUACAUCUAUGCAUCAAAAUAUCAUAACAUCAUUUACAGAAUACAACAAAGAUUUAGAAAAAUAUGUGAAAAGGCCAUAUGCACUAUUGACAUAUACUAUUAUGACAAGAAAUGUUGAAGAGAAUUUUAUAAUAAACCGCAUUCAAAGAAUAAGAACUGUGACAUAUCUACGCUCAAAUAUAAGAAUGAUUCAAGCAAUACAAUAUCUUCCACAAUCUCCUCUUAUAAAUUUAAUUUUAUAUCCAAAAGUUGAAGCAUUUCAAUUACCUUUAAUAGAAGUGCAUAAUCGUCAACUUACAACAAAGGAUAAGUUGAAUCAGAAACAAUUAGAAGCUGUUGGUAGAGUAACAGGUGCUGUAAUACAAAAGGAACCUAAAAUUUGUUUGAUUCAAGGACCACCAGGAACAGGAAAAUCAAAAGUUAUUGUAAAUAUUAUAACAGAGAUACUAUAUGGUAAUAAUAGAUAUCAAAACAGUAAGUCUGCUCUACGAAUUCUUGUAUGUGCUCCAUCUAAUGCUGCUAUUGAUGAAAUUGUAUUAAGACUUCUUGCCAUUAGAGCUACAAUUAAACAAAAUCGUUUUAAAAUGGUCCGUAUUGGUAAACCUGAAACUAUGCAUUUAACCGUAAAAGAUAUUUCUUUAACUGAAUUGGGAAAACGGGAUGUUAAACGAAUGACUACAAAUUAUGCAUCAAAAAAUAUUCCAAUUGAAAGUUUUGAAGAAGAGAAAAAACUAUUGGAAGCACGUAUUAAUGCAUUGAAAUGUGAAAUUGCAAAUUCACAAAAUAUUGAUGAUAUUUACAGGAAACAUCUCAAACUGAAAUUAAUAGAUAUGAGUACAAAGUAUGAGUUAUUAGAAAAUCAUAAAUCAAUGAAUGAAAUGAAUAACAAAGAACUGGCAAAAUUCCAACGUGUUGCAGAACGUAGAAUCCUUGAAUGUGCAGAUAUAAUAACAUGUACACUUUCCUCAUGCUAUACUAAUCAAAUGGAAUCCAUUUUUGGUGGAAAUAAAGAAAAAAUAUCAGUCUGCAUAGUGGACGAAGCUACUCAAAGUUGUGAAGCAGAAAAUUUGAUUCCCUUACUACUAGGUGUGAAUACAUUAGUUCUAGUGGGAGAUCCUAAUCAGUUACCAGCGACCAUAAUAAGUCAACAAGCAAAGAGAUUUGGAUUAGAUCAAUCAUUAUUUUCUCGUGUGCAAAAUGCAUUUCAAAAAUUGAAAAAUAAUCCAAUAAUUAUGUUAACAACACAAUAUCGUAUGACAUAUGCAAUUUCUUAUUUUCCAAAUAAAUAUUUCUAUGGAGGCAAGUUAAAAAAUGAGGUUGAACACAUACAGGCAUUUCCAAUGUACAGUUAUCGAGUUUUUAAUAUUAAUUCAAAUCAAAACAAUGAUAAAUUUUCGAAUACAAAUGAAGCUGAAUUUAUAUCAAAUAUAAUAUUAUGCAUAAUGAAUAAUUUCAACUUACAUAAAGGAAAAACUAAUAUUUCUAUUGGAAUUUUGACACCGUAUAAUAACCAAAAAUAUUUAAUUUUAGAAAAAGUCAAUGAAAAAAUAUCAAAUGUAUCUGAAAGUAUACAAAAAAGAUUUACUGUCGAAAUAAAUACAGUUGAUAGUUUUCAAGGACAGGAACGUGAUAUUAUAUUAAUGUCAUGUGUAAGAAGUCAUGGUAUUGGAUUUUUAUCAGAUCCCCAAAGAUUAUGUGUAGCUUUAACGAGAGCUAAACAUAGUUUAAUAUUAUGUGGUAAUUUUAAUACAUUUAUGCGGGACCAAAUGUGGAAUGCAUUAAUAUCAGAUUCAAAAUUGCGAAAGAUUUAUUAUAAUAUUAAUUCAAAUGCAAGUCUAAACGAAAUAAAACAAUACAUCAUUAAAUAAAUAAUUAUUUCGAAGUAUUAUGCCUUUCUGUUUGUGCAGUGCACAAGUUGGAUAGGUAUAAUCGAUUUUAUUUAUGUAAAUGAUGUAAAUGUUUUUUUCUUUCAUGUAAACAUUAAUUUAAUCGUU